GCCGCGUCCGUCGCGGUUUAAGUGACCCACGCCCAAGCCAAAUCUAUCCAGUUUGAAGCGAGAUCUUGAUCGCAAUGGAGGUUCAUCUGUUCUACUUUGGAGCUGUUGUUGCCCUAAUGGGGUCCUUGUACUACCUGUUGACGCGGAGACAUGGCUAUUUCCACGACAAGCCGAUUCCUUCGAUGGCGGCCGUACCGAUUUUCGGAAGCGUAGGUGAUCUGAUGCUGCAGCGAGUGCCGUUGUCGGAGUUUAUCCAGACGAUGUACGCCAAGUAUUCUGGGGUUAAAGUGUUCGGUAUGUUCGACCUGAUGACACCGACGUAUGUCAUCCGCGAUCCGGAGCUGAUCAAGCAGGUGGGCGUGAAGGACUUCGAUCACUUUUCCGAUCAUGUGCAGGGAUUCGGAAACUCGAACUACGAUCAUCCAAAUCUACUGACGGGGAAGACGUUGUUCUCGUUGACUGGACAACGCUGGAAAACGAUGCGGGCAACGUUGAGUCCGGCGUUUUCCGGAAGCAAGAUGCGAUACAUGUUUGAACUGAUCGUGGAUAGUGUGGAGCGGGCGGUGAAGUACUACGAAGAACAGGCAGCCAAAAACGGAGCGCAGGUGUACGAGGUGAAAGAUGUGUUUUCGAGGUUUGCAAACGAUGUGAUUGCGACGUGUGCGUUCGGGUUGCAGGUCGAAUCGUCCCGCGAUCGAGAGAACGAGUUCUUCGUCAAUGGGAAGAAGAUGAUAGAUUUUGGCAGACUAAUCGUUAUGUUGAGAUUCAUGGGACAUCAGCUUGCCCCGUGGUUGAUGGCAUACUUCGGAUGGGACAUUACCGACGAGGAGCAGAAUACCUUCUUCAAAACAUUGAUCUUGGAUGCGAUCAAAGACCGUGAACAGCGAGGCAUCGUUCGACCAGAUAUGAUCAAUCUGUUGAUUCAAGCUAAGAAAGGUACUCUAAAACAUCAAAAGGAAACUGAUCAGCAAGCAGAAGGGUUCGCCACGGUACAAGAAUCGGAAGUCGGGAAAUCCACGAUCACCACAGCGAUGACGGAUGUGGAAAUGGUCGCACAAUGCUUAAUCUUCUUCCUAGCUGGGUUCGACACGGUUUCGACCUCGCUGCUCUACACUGCUUAUGAACUCGCCAUCAAUCCAGAAGUUCAACAGAAGCUGUACGAAGAGAUCCAAGCAACACGAUCCUCCCUGGGUGGUAAACCUCUUACGUAUGAUGCGAUGCAGAAGAUGAAGUACAUGGACAUGGUAAUAUCCGAGGCACUGCGUAUGUGGCCGCCAGCGCCGUCGACCGAUCGAGUUUGCGUCAAAGACUACGUACUCGAUGAAGGAAACGGAAAGAGAUACACGAUCGAGAAGGGAUCAACCGUCUGGAUCCCGGUUCAGGGCCUCCAUCAUGAUCCAGAGUAUUUCCCGCAACCGAAGAAGUUCGACCCGGACCGGUUCAGUGACGAACGGAAGGGAAGCAUCAAUACGGGAGCUUACCUACCGUUCGGUAUUGGUCCACGAAACUGUAUCGGGUCAAGGUUUGCACUGGCCGAGGUGAAGACCAUUCUGUAUUACAUGCUGGGAAGCUUCUCGUUCGAACGGUGCAGCAAAACGGAAGUUCCACCGGUGCUUGCGAAAGGUUUCGACGUUAUUCCGGCCAAAGGGAUGCAUAUAGAGUUCAAGCCUAGAGCUCGGCAAUAGCGCAGUUGCCCAGAGGCCUCACCCCUUAUCUACGCAUUGGGGUGGGUUGAAAACAUGUGAAAUCCAUUGAUAAUGGGACGAGAGGUGACCGGUUGCUAUGGAAAAGUCCGCCUCCUGUGAUAACAAGUCUAAUCUUAUGUGAUUACAAAUCAAAGCUUACCGGCUAUUCAAGGUGGUCAAUUUUGGUAAACAAAGUCAAACUUGGAAGUCUUUUCUUCAUGUAGCAAGAUCGACUGUGAUAUUAUAGCACACUAGUUCAGAUGGACCAUAAAGAACAAAGAAAGCGAAUAAACGGGCACCGUAAUCAAAUGUGUUUUA